AUGCCCAAGCGGCCAAGUGCUCUUGCUUUGACUUCUGAUGGUCAGACUAUUCUUUGUGGUGACAAGUUUGGUGAUGUCUACUCAUUGCCAUUGAUUCCUGGCGAGUAUGUGAGAAAAAUCGUGGAGACACCUGUUCACCCUGCUGCCACGCCUCUUACUGUACACACCAAGGGCAACUUGCGAACUCUGGAGAUGCAGAAACUUUCUGCCGAGAAGCGAGCUCAGGAUACAAAGCAAGAACAAACCGCACCUGUUUUUGAGCAUCAUAACAUCAUUGGUCAUGUUUCAGUACUCACGGACCUGGUCUGCAUAACUGAGUCUGGGCGGAGCUAUAUCUUAACUGGGGAUCGCGAUGAGCACAUUCGUGUGUCUCGUGGUAUUCCGCAGGCACAUGUGAUCGAGCAACUUUGCCUGGGUCAUACAUCGCUCGUUAGCAAGCUCUGUGUCCCUUCGUGGGCGCCUCACCUCCUCGUCUCCGGUGACGCUGAUGGUAACUUGUUCGUGUGGGACUGGAAGACCGCGAAGAUCCACCAGACUAUCUCUCUAGAGGAGUCCAUGAAAUCAGAGGUUGUGGUGCGUGGAAUUUGGGAUGUUUCCCUUGAGCAACCAGGUGCUUCGGGCCGAGCAAACGUAAUUCUGGUCAGCUUGGAAGGAUCUUCGGAAAUUCUGUGCUACACGGUGGAAGACAAUACUCUUCGGGCCCAAGAUAGCAUCAAGCUUUCUGGAAACGUGCUUGGUUUGAUUGAAUCACAGGGCUCCGUUAUUGCCUCUGUGGACACAGUCCGCGAGGUUGGCUCGACUGACAUCUGGAAGUCAAGCUCUGGAGCCCUUCUAGAGUCUUUCCGGCUUAACAUUGGGCCUGACGGGCUGAAGUGCGUUCCGGCUGAAAACUCGGUGGUCGCCAGUAUCAACUCGUUCGGUACCAGUGACAUCGCUGCUGACUUGAACGAGAAAAAGCAGAAGGAGUUCAACAAUUCCUUAUACAAUCUGGUGAACAUGAAGAAGAGAUCGGGACAUGAGGAGUAA